GGUCUGCGUCCAGGUGUACCUCCUGUCAGUCCUCCGGUUAUUUUUGCAUCUCCGACCAAACUGGUAUCUGAAACAGGAAGUCAGGUGGAGUACCUGGGAGCCAACAAAGUCCCGGACCUGCAGAAACUCUUCCAGAGGACGGAUGGCGUGCCGAUCCACCUGAAGAAGGGGCUGAUGGACCGUCUUUUGUACCGGACCACCAUGGGACUGACGGUGGGCGGGGCUCUCUACUGCCUGAUGGCGCUCUACUUCGCAGCGCAGCCCAGCAACAAGUGAUGCAGCAGAGCCACUGCGCCCUGAUUGGACCACAGGUCUGUGUGACCCUCAGUGUGAUGGACAGGUGAUGAGGCAUUGGAGGACGGGUAGAGUGUUUGACAAACUGUUUAUGGACACCAUGUCAACAACGACAACAACAACAAACACUUUGUGCAGAAAAUGAUGUUUAGUGUCAAAGAUCACAGAGAUUAAUAAAGUUUAUUUUAUCGUAAAA